AUGUUUUCGCCUACAUCUACUAACCUCAAGGGCCUCUAUGUCCUGGCCCCUAACGUGCAGGGACCCUUUGAAGGGGAUGCUGAUGUGCCGGCAUCGGUCUGGGACGUGUCUGGCGAUAUCGCAGCCCCUGAGGGUCCCUUCUGUCCAAGCGAAGUCCCUGCGGACAAUCUACUCUACACGUAUGGGACCAUGAGCGGUCUCUGGGAUGGUUUGAAGAACAUCGCUCUGCCCGGGGAAAGAUGGCGGGUGUCUGACUUUUGCAAGAGCUGCAAUUGCAAUGCCAUGCAGCUCAUCCGAUGCAGGAUGUGCUUUGACUUUCUGUGCCUUGAUCGCUGCAUACCCCGCCCCAGCACUGUUACCCAGGAGCAGAUGGAUCUCUUCAUAUGCCCUCAGUGCUGGGCCCAGGAGUUCAAGAAGUCCAAGUACGAGCCCUUCGGCAAAGAUGGCCCUCCCGCUGAUUAUCGGGGGGUUGGGCGGCCGAUGCCCCUCUCUCGCGACUCUCUGGCCUACAUCGUCGUCGUUCGCUACGCGGGCGUGCGCCUGCCGGGCUCCACGCCCGCUGUGAUGUUCGAAUACCUGAAGAGCAUCAAUCCCGGCCACGCCGUCCUCAUCGACCUCCCGUACCAGGGGUUACAUACCGCCAAGGGGGCGAACGGCUAUGAGGAUGCCCUCGCAACGUUCAUCACGAAUGGCCUUCACAAUGGUCCUCACCGAGUCGUGAUCUGGUUUCUAGGUUGUUGGCACAAAGAACAGAAGCAGCUGGUUGUGGGGCAAGGGGAGCACGGAUUCAUCACUGCUCCAACAAAGCAGGUACUCUGGCGGCUGCUACCUCAAGUCCUCUGGGACCAGCUCAGGGCCCGCGUUGGGCGGAAGAAUUACAUGUUGGUCUUGGCGCACGGCGGAUGCGGUCACCCCGUCGUCGCAGCUGGUCAGACACCGCCGACCAUCGAGUUCAUCCAUGCUGCCCGCAUCAGCAACUCCUUGACCAUCACCCAGCCGGUCUUCUCUUGGUCCCACACAGUUCACCUUGGGCUAGGGAUAGCACAGCACUUCCUUUGCAGCGAUCGGGGAGCGUCUUCCGCAAUCAAACGGGCCACUCGGCAAUGCCCUCCCGGCGUCGCCUCGCCCUCCUUCUACCUCCUAGAAAGGGCCGGCGACAAGUUCCAGGUCACGUCGUACCUCGCUCACGAUGGCGCGGAUCUCUUCUGGGGAACGCGCAUCCCCUUCCAAUGCGAGCUGUGCCGCCGCGUAGGUUGUAUGACAAAGGUCCCUAGGAAGAGAGCCUGGAGGGAAGCUCUGCAAUCAGACACUGCGGGGGAGGAUGGUCGCUACUUCGCCUGCGGUGCAUGUGGGAACGACAAGGGGUACAUGUACUUCCUGGCCCUGUAUCCUCCUGCUCCGGACUACAAGGGGCAUGGUGGCGCUUACUCGAAGGCAUCUCGCCAGUGGGCCCUCGAUGGGAGUUGUACGGAGUGGGGGGUGUUGGAGGCUUGGAAGCAGGAGGAGGAUGGAAGUCAUGUUCGCAUGUAG